AUGGCGCUACUUACGCUCCCCAACGAGAUCCUGCUGCAGAUAUGGGACGAGCUGGGCAUUGAAAGUGACUUUCCUUACGCUGACCAGGCAUCCCUGCUGCGCGUCUGCCGUCAAUCCUACAACCUCUUCAUGCCGGUCCUGUACAAGAAAUUCAAAGUCGGGAUGAGAGGGUUAGCCACCAUACAGUCCUUCACGCAGCUGAUUCUUCGCAAUCAAGACAUCGCCUCCUCGGUCCAGAAAGUCAGCGUGGAAUGCUGGGGUUUCGGGAAGACAUCGACAGAGAUCCUCGGCAUGAAUCCGGUACUAAUCAGAGAAAGGCUGGGGACCCUCUGUCUCCCUCCAAAUGAAGAGUUGCCUUGGAUGGUUGCGCUCUUCCUCGGGCAGGAUGAUGCCUGGCUUGCCAUUCUCUUGCUGCACCUCCCCAACCUGCGCAGUCUGCGAAUGAAGACCUGUCACCUCCCCGACGACACAUGCACGUACAGUGAUCGGGCUGCGCAAGGAAUAGCCGCUCAACGCAUCCCCCUCAACAGCCUGCAGCACCUCACCAAUCUCGAUAUCAACCUUGCGCACAACCCCCACUUGCCAUGGUUUCUCUCCAAUGCGUUUCCGUGGGUGCGACUCCCAUCCAUGCGACGAUUGCGGGUGACGUCCGCGAUGGACUCCUACGAUGAACGAGAUCUAGUCAUCCCACCCAUCGGGCCCUCCGGCGUGACGCAUAUCAAGAUCGACUCGAGCAACUGCAUCAACACCCUCGCGAGCCUCAUCACGUCCUGCGAGACUCUCAAAUCGUUCAAGUACGACCACCAGGACGGACUCGUCCGGCACCCCGUCAUCUACACGACAAGCGACAGAGAAUGGACAUCGACCGAGGUGCACAACUACAAGCUCUGGCGACGCAGGCAAGGCAUUCUGGACCCGUCGCUCUUCUACAGCGCACUUUUCAACCGCCGGUCCACCUUACAGACACUCUGGAUCACCCUCGCCUCGGACAGCUGGAGAUACCCAAGUCUGCAUUCUACCCGAGAGUGUCCGGCUCAGAUUCUCGGAUCCCUUCGCGAGUUCAAGGCCCUCACCCAGCUUCGCAUUCGACUCCAGAACCUGCUCGAGUUCCCGGACGGAGAUGUGGGCAGGACCCCAGUGACAUCCCUUCUCGACACGCUGCCGGAUUCUAUCGAAUACGUCUUCAUCCAGGAAUGCGCGAGACCGUCCCUGCCGAUGCUGAUCGACGAGCUGCAACCCCUCGCAGCCGCUGGAAACUCCCAUCUCCCGCACCUACGCCAGCUCGUCAUCCAGCAACCGUCCCAUGAACAAGAUCGCCUCACAUAUUCUCAUCCCACAGGACAGCUCUACGACCCCAGAGAGGUGAUGGAGGCUAUGGAUGGGAACAGGAAAGCAGAGGUGGAUAUUGAGCUGCAUGUCUACCGCGGUCUGAUGUAUCUGAGAAAGGCGCUCGAAGACAUGGGUGUUGAUUUCGUCGUGCUGGAUAAGAGUGAUUGGAGGCUCAAGUUUCUUGACACCUGGCCCGAUCGUGGUGUGUACUGGUGACUUCUGUUGUUCGGGAAAGGAGACUUUGGUCUUUGGACUUGAGAUGCGGAUGAACAGUGACGGGAUGCUCACGAAAGUUUCGAAAAUUGAAUGUGGUUCUGGAAGGUUUAUUAUUUUCAAGCCAAGAUAUAAUGGCUGUUGAAAAUAUUUGAGAUUUGCUUGGACGGUGAUGGGUACUGACAAACUUCGUUUUUUGGGAUUCGGGCGAUGGUUUGAUUUUGCUUUCCUG